GCCAAAACAGUGGCCAGACGUGGUCGGUGCUAGUGAUUCUCCAGGGACCCUUUGGCUGUUUCAUCUGCAGUUGAAGAGAUGGAGAGAUUAGUUUUCUUGUUCUCUCUGAUGGCCCUUGCAGUCCUUCACUGCAUGAACACCACUCCAGACUUCCAAGAGCCUGUUGUGAUACUGCAGAUUGGUAUUGCAGUGUUGGUGGUGGUGUGGUUCUUCUAUUUCCUUAUCACCCGACGCAACCCGCCCAAAGACACCCUUUUCUAUGUGUUUGCUGAGUUUUCCUUCACUUGUGUCAUUGACCUUGUGAGUGCUAUGGAACAUGAUGGUUUUAUUUCCGGGUUUAUGGAAUUCUACCAGAAAACGGGAGAGCCCUAUCUGGGUACAGCCUAUGCCAUCAUGAUGUGCUACUGGGAUGGAAUAGUGCAUUUCAUCAUGUACCUCAUGAUGAUACAGCGCUUAUGGAACAGCAAGUCUUACCGCACCCUGGGUCUCUUCUGGGCAGGAUCGUUGUUUGCCAACAUGAGUGUCUUUGUGACAGGAAUUGUUGUAGGUAAAUUUGGAUCAGAUAUCCGUCCCGCCUUCUGGCUCAACAUGCCCUUCCUAAUGCUUCCAAUAUGGGGUGCGAUCAAGCUGUUCAACCAGCCCAAGAAUGGGCCAACCCUCGGUGGAUACAGGGCCCACUAUGAUCAGAGUUUUAAUCUCAUCUGGCGCCCUACAGACCUUCUCCUGGUGCUGCUGCUACUGGGGGCCAUGGCCUUCACUCUCUUCAGGGGCUUGGUAGCUCUUGACUCCCCUCUAGAGGCCUGUACCAUCUACCUCCGCCAGUACGAGCCCUAUCUGAAGGACCCGGUGGGCUACCCCAAGGUUAUGAUGUUGCACUUCCUGUUCUACAUGCUGCCUAUGCUGGGUGCCUUCAUCUACGGACUCGUAGUGCCUGGCUGCACCUGGAUGCCUGACUGGACUGUAUUCGUUGCUGGAGGCGUUGCCCAGUGUCAGUGGGCCCACAUUGGGGCAUCCCUCCACCCACGUACAGUGGCCCCAUUCCGGAUCCCAGACGAGGCCUUCCUGGCUGUCCUGGCAGCCAACCUGCUGUACGCUGUGAUCCCCUCACUCAUCGCCAUGCGCUGCACCAGUAACACCAACUUCUUCUUGACCGUCACUAAACUUCCUGGGAUGGAGGGGAUGCCCUGGGUUCCUGAUGCUGACACCCUAGUCGAGAAGAAACACAAUUAAAGUUUACAUACUAAUAAAGUUACCAAUAAAGAUAUUCAA